AUGUACAGAAUAGACGUUUCAGAUUUUUAUGACUUCCAAGCGUUCAGAAAUAUGUGUCCAUUUCGAGACUAUAACAAAGCAGUCGAGAAUUUGAAACGUUUAGUCAUUUAUGUCGACUCUGCCCCAGAAUGUUAUGUCAUGAAAGAAUGGGAUGUAGUCUUUAACAAACCUAAAGCGACAAUAGUUUCAGAACAAGAAUGUAAACAGAAACUUAAGAAAAUAAAAGUCGUACAAGUUGGCAUGAAGAUGUUAGAUGCUUGGGAUAUCUUAUUGUCAAAGUUAGAAGAUUUUUCAGUUCGUGGUAUAAAGUUCUAUACACCAUCUCCAAACUUCUAUUCUAUCUUCACUGGAUAUAAAUACGAACAAGUAGAAUGGAAAGAAAAUGUUAUAGAAGCUUGGUUAGACCAUGUCAAAGAAAUUAUAUGCAAUGGAAACGAAAGAGUCUAUGA